AUGUAUGAUUUAGUGAUAAAAAAUGGUUUGAUUUGUACUGCCAGUGACCUUUACCAAGCCGACAUUGCAAUUUGCAACGGCACAAUCGAGUGCAUAGCUGGUAAUAUCGAAGCACAUUUGGCAUCAGAGAUCAUUGACGCUAAAGGUGCAUUCGUUACACCUGGUGGAAUUGAUGCCCACGUCCACGUCGAUGAGCCGUUAAAACUUCUUGGCGAAGUCGCCGAUACAAUGGAAAGCGCCACGAGAAGCGCUGUAGCUGGAGGGACUACUACUGUCAUUGCAUUUGCUACUCAGGAUGUGUCUCAAACUGGCCCUAAGGCCCUAUCAAAAUCAAUUGAAAAUACUGUCGACGAAUAUGCCCGCCAAACCUUGUACUGCGAUUACGCUCUUCAUUUGAUCCUAUUUCAAGUCGAAAAGGAUUCACUUGAAGGUAGAGAGCUACUGGGUGUGCAAUUGGAGAAUGUUUACCAUGAUUAUGGAGUUACUAGCUUAAAAGUUUUCAUGACCUACCCUGGACUGCAGAUGAGUGAUUAUGACAUUCUUACUACGAUGCACGCUUCGAGAUCGAAUGGUUUCACCACUAUGGUCCAUGCUGAAAAUGGUGAUAUAAUUAAAUGGAUGAUUGAGGACCUAGAAUCCAAGGGUCUGCUCGAAGCGUACUACCACGGUGUGUCACGACCACCAGCGAUCGAGGGUGAGGCCACCAAUAGAGCGAUCAUUCUGUCGUCGACACUUCAGACUCCAAUUUUGUUCGUUCACGUCUCUUCUCCGGACGCGAUUCGAACAAUUAGCAAGGCACAAGCGCGAGGACUUCGUGUCUAUGCCGAAACUUGUCCCCAAUACGCAUUGCUCUCUGACGAAGUAACAAAGUGCAACCACAGCAGGGCUUUGCCUUACGUGAAGGCAGAGGCGGUCGAUCUUGAAACACAUUCCUGUGGAGGUGGAGACAAGCCUUACAAGGUCGAAAACUUCGAAGGGGCCAAAUAUAUCUGCUCACCUCCUAUCAGGCCCGAAGGGUGUCAACAACAAAUAUGGGAUGGGAUCAAUAAUGGUACAUUUACCAUUGUUGGUUCAGACCAUUGUCCAUAUUAUUACCAAGAUAAAAUCUCGAAGGCGUCCAAGCACAGGGCUUACCACGAUGGAAAGGACGGCAGAUUUCGAUACAUUCCAAACGGCUUGCCAGGAGUCUGCACCAGGCUGCCUUUACUAUUUACAUAUGGUUACUCUCAGGGCAACAUGAAGGACAUGAUGAAAUUUGUGGAGGUGAACUGCACAAAUCCUGCUAAGCUUUACGGUUGUUAUCCACAAAAAGGGUCCAUUUUGCCGGGUGUAAGUGAUGCAGAUCUCGUAAUUUGGUACCCACCAAACUCUACUAAAACGGAGUACCCUUCGAAACCAACGGUCAUUCGCAAUGAGCUAUUGGAACAUGCAUGUGACUACACACCUUUUGAAGGUUUCGAAGUGUCAAAUUGGCCACGCUUUACCAUAGUGAAGGGUCGCAUUGUUUAUAGAGAGGGUUGCAUUCUUUCUAGUAAUGCCACGGGUGCUUAUUUACCAAGAGCUAAGAGCUCAAUGUGUAGUUCCUAG